AUGGCCGUAUCAUUCGCCGAAACGCACUGGCAGCAACUACUUGCGAACUACUCCGAAGGAACCAUCGAGAUCAUCGGGACUCUCGUCUUCCACCUCAUCGCUUUCUAUGUUCCAUGCAUAAUUUACGCAUCGCUUGAAGUCCUCUUCCCAGCGUUCAGUGAAUCCCACAAGAUCCAGCCCGCACCGAAGCAACCAACCCGCCCGGAAGUCUGGCAAUGUCUCAAAGUCGUAUUGCGCAACCAACUUCUGUCCUUCUUCCUCCAGCUCGGCUCGGUAUACUUUACGUCGGGAACAGGCCACCACCCUUUCCGCUUUGACGCCAAACUCCCUGGGAUCGCUGAGGUGGCGUUCCAAUUCGUCGCGUGUAUCCUCUUGCGCGAAAUCUCCUUCUACUACGCCCACCGACUUCUCCACAUCCCCGCUCUCUACCCAAAGAUCCACAAAUUCCAUCACCGAUUCACCGCUCCGGUAGCCCUCGCUGCGCAGUACGCGCACCCCAUCGAGCACGUAUUCGCAAACAUCCUGCCGAUAUCCCUUCCGCCACAGCUCUUCCACGCUCAUAUCGUGACGUUCUGGGUGUUCAUGAGCUUCGUGCUGUUCGAAACGGCAACGGUUCACUCGGGGUACGACUUCUUCGGAGGGGCAGCUAGGAAACACGACCUUCACCACGAGAAAUUCAUGAUAUGCUUUGGGACUAUUGGGCUGUUGGAUUGGUGGCAUGGGACGGACGAGUUCAAGAGUCGGGCUGACUGA